AUGGCUACUAGUGAAUCUUUCAAUCAAAGGCAACAGAAUCCGCUUCCAAAUCAAGUUUCAGACAACAAAGAAGAUAUUCAGUUGAUUUGGCUUGAUGGAAAUAUGAAUGAGUCACAUGAUUAUCUUCUCACUCAAUCUAUGUUAGUUCAACUCAAUCCAGCUGUGCAGUUUUAUUCUCAUUUUGAUCGAUGUCUCGAUUUUAUCAAAUCAGUCAAACAUGAACAAAUCUUUCUGAUUGUUUCAGGUGCUUUUGCUCAACAAAUACUUUUACAAAGUCAUCAUCAUCGAUCUUUGGUUGCUAUAUUUAUCUUUUGUUCUAACGAUCAACGUUAUAAACCAUUAAUGGAAGAAUAUACUAAAAUCGUUGGAAUAUUCACUAAACAACAUGAUUUAUUAGAAUCAAUCAAACAAAAAGUGAAUCUAGUUGAAAAACAAACAUUAUCAUUUAGUCUUUUUGAUCAAAAACAAAAGUCAUUGAAAGACCUAUCACAAGAAUCAGCUUCAUUUCUCUUACAUCAGAUGUUAAUUUAUGUUUUGAAACAAAUGUCACAAGAUGAACUAUCAAAACAACAAAUGCUCGAUAUGUGUCGUAAUUAUUAUAAACAGAAUAAAGAAGAAUUGAAGAAUAUUAAAGAAUUUCAAAAUACUUAUACUCGUGACAAAGCGAUUGAAUGGUACACAGAUGAAUGUUUUCUUUAUAAACUACUAAAUAAAGCACUUCGAACUGAAGAUAUCGAAUUACUCUUCAAUUUUCGAUUCUUUAUUGUCGAUUUAUGUGCAGCUAUUGAACAAGAAAAUCAACUUUUGGAAAAUAAAGGAACAUUAACUUUGUAUCGUGGAACACAAAUUCCAAAUGAAGAAUUAGAAAAAAUAAAAGAAAACAUUGGUAAAACUAUUUCAACUAAUGGAUUUUUAUCAACAUCACGAAAUAUCGAUGUAUCACUUCGAUUUAUUCAUAUGAAUGCUCAAUCAAAUGAUCUUACAUCGGUUUUAUUUGAAAUUAAAGCAAAUCCACUAUUGAAAACAGUGAUUUUUACUGAUGUUGGAGAUAGAAGUCGAAUAAAAGGUGAAGAAGAAGUUCUAUUCAAUCUCAAUUCGCUGUUUAAGAUUGUUUCUGUCGGUUUUGAUUCUAAACUGACUGUAUGGAAAGUGGAAUUGAAUGCAACUGAUGAAGGUGCAGAAAAAGUAGAAGAAUAUCUGUUAUUAUCAAAACAACAGAUGGAAGAAUACACACCACUUAUUUAUUUUGGUAGACUUUUCUUAUAUGAAUUAGGUCAAGUAGAUCGUGCAGGAAAAUAUUUUAAUAUGUUGUUGAAAUCGCUUCCACAUGAUCAUCCUGAUAUUGCAGCUGUUUAUAAUCAUAUUGGUGCAGUACAUUACGAUAGAAAUGAAUUGAAUUUGGCAUUAAAAAACUUCGAGAUAGCUUAUGAGAUGCGUCGAAAGCAACUACCUUCAAAUCAUCCUCACAUUGCUGGUUCACUAAACAAUAUUGGUUUUAUUUAUAAAGCAAAAGGUGAUUUUAAUACAGCACUCGAUUAUUAUCAACAGGCUUUGACUAUUGAGGAAAAGUUAUAUCCUGGUAAUAAUCUGCAAAAAGCAAUGAGCAUUGGAAAUAUUGGGAGGGUAUACAGUGAUAAAGGAGAUUUAGAUACAGCUCUUACUUAUUUGUCUCGUGCUCUCGACAUGUUUAAACAUGUUCUCCCUGAUCAACACUCUCAGAUAGCAACAUGUCUCGGUGCAAUAGGAUAUGCUCAUGAGAAGAAAGGUAAUUUAAAUAUUGCUCUGGAUUAUUAUCAACAACAACUAAAUAUGGAAGAACAAUGUUUACCUUUCGAGCAUUCGAAUCUUUCUGAUCAUCUCGGUUGGAUCAUCGAUACUUAUAAAACCAUGAAUGAGAUUGACAAAGCCUUAGACUUGUGUCAACAAAAACUUGUUAUUCAAAAAAGUAGAUUAGGUGAAAAUCAUCCUCGUAUUGCUCGAACAUUAAAGAUCAUGGGUGAUUUAAUUAGGGAUGACAAUCGAAACGAAGCGUUACAAUACUAUGAACAAGCUCUAUCUGUAUUAGAGAAUUGUACACCAUCUGAUUAUGAAUUCACUUCUGUAUGUUUGACAUCAAUGGGUUGUUUAUAUUCCAAGUAUGAUAUGAAUGAAGAUGCAUUACGAUGUGACCUUAAAGCACUUGAACUCAAACGUCAAAUAUUGUCUUCUGAUCAUGUUGAUAUCGCAAACAGCUUAAGAAAUAUUGGCAUAGAUUAUAGAGAUAUGAACAACUUAUCCGAAGCACUUCGUUAUUUCAAUGAAAGUCUUUCGAUCUAUCAAGCAAAUUAUGGAGCAGAACAUGAAAUGGUGAAGAGAGGUGAAACAGAUAUUAUCAGACUGAAAGAUAAACAACUGUCAGUUUCACCUCAAGAAAAGAAGAAUAAAAAAACUUCAAGCAAUAAGAAACUGUCCACUGUCGUUAAGAGUAAAGAAUGUUUAAUUCAGUGA